AUGUCUUGGAUGGCAACUUGGGUGCACACAAGGAGCAGACGGGGUGCCUCGCUUCCUGUGUCUGCAUGCAGGGGGCAAAAACCAGCGUUAUGCCGCUUCGCUGCUAUUGGACGUUGCCAUCGGGGUGCCCUAUGUGCUUUCGCACAUUCUCCCGAAGAGCUGGCACUCAGGAGGGGCCCUCGCCAGGGAUACAGGGGUCAUCCGAGGGGCCCACCCCAUGGCCACGGGGGCCCUCACCCGUCGGGCGGGACCCCAUCUUCCGCAGCUCCCGUGCACAAGACAGUGAGGCAAGCUUCGUAUAAGGAUGAACUAUAUAAGGGAGCAGAUGAGGAGCCUCGUGGGGCCCCUAGGGGGGCUGGUCAUGCAGGGAGUGGACACUACAGGUCGGGCGGCUCCCUCUCGGCAAACACAAGUAGAGCCUAUCAGCUUCGAACGGAUGAUGGCUGCUUGCGUGUUCCCUUGCACCCAAGCGCUGCUGCUGGCAUCGCUACUGCUCACUUGGAAUUAGGUCGAAGCCUUAGGAUGCGUCGCCAUGCUGAAGAUGGUUGUUUUUUGUUUCAGGGUUAUGGCCCUCCAAGGGCGACAAAGGAAUGGCGUCGCCGUGUAGCUCCAGAGCCUUCUGGAGCCCACGCUGACGCUCCUGAGCGGGCAGCUGCCUCGCAAGCUAGGUCUGCUGCUGUAGGUGCACAUCCAUCGGCUGAUGCCACAACAGCUGGCGAUACAUUAGGAGCCGGUGAUGAAGCAUCUGCUGCAGGUCCACUCAAUGCUGCACCUGACACACCGGCCACGGACGCUCCUACUGCUUCUUCCAGCUGUACGGAGGCCCUUACAGCUUCCGAUACUGGUACCGAGCAGCAGACAAUGCAGAUUCCAGGAGAUACAUAUAUCAAGGGCGAACCUGAGUCCAAAAGCCUCCCCUUACGUGCAGGUGAAGCGUCCCAGGCAUCCUCCGAGCAUCAGGAGAGACCCCGCAGAGGAACCAACGAAGUGUGGAGCACCGACGGGCCAGUCAGUUGCAGCACGUGGGUACUUCCUGCAGACAAACUUCGCGGCCCCUCAGAUAACCGCUUUCUUGUGUCAUCUCCCAAACAGCAAGCGCAGCAACAGCAAGAUAACAGCAACUACAAACACGGAGAUGGGGACAGCGCUGGAUUUACAGCGGCUUCAGGCAAUAUUGCCGCAUCUGCAGCAGGAGCGACCGCAGCUGGUUCUGCGUCAAGCCCAGGCGGGCCUGGGGGCCCCCAGAGGAAGGGCCCUCGCAGGCCUGGCGCUUGGGGGGGGAGCCAGCAGGGUGUUUCCGGCUUUGACCAGCAUCAGCAACAGCAGGAAGUAUCGGGAGCUCAGCUUCCCUUGGGCGUAAGGGACAGCGAACACACUGCUUAUACGGGGGAAACAGCAGGCGUGCGGGGCGAGAAGACAGCGCAGCAACAGCAAGCAGUGGCAGCCGAAGGGCAUAUGAGCUACGCCACUGUACCCUAUGCUGAUGAAUGGGGACCCUAUUGGGGUCCCCUACCACUAGGAGUUCCCACGGAAUACGCCUUGGUAUCGGAGCAGCAACAGCAACAGCAGGAGAUGGGUGUAUAUGGAUUGCCGAAGCUAAGAACUCCUCUGGAUGGUUCAACGGCAGCAACAACUCCCGCGGCUACAGUCACAGUCCCAUAUCCGUUUUAUGGAGCUGCCGCUGCUGCUUCUUGGGGCGGACCAGGCUAUCUGGAUCUUGUUGCACACUACAGGCAGCAGCCUGGUGCUGCGCAGUUGCUGCAGCAACAUGCCCCCAGUCUGUAUCGAGAAUAG